UUGCGCCAAGGAGCCAUCUGCGCGCCAUCGGCGUGGUCGCCCUUGUCGCGUGCAGACAGCCCGUCGAUCGUUCCCCAGCGUCGAUCGCGCUGCCGCCCGGCCAUGGAGUCCUUUCGUAGAUAAAGAAGUACCCGGUCCACAUCGUAUCAGUCGUCCUAGUUGUUAUCGUACUACCAGUGGAGUUUAGCCAGCUCCUCACAGGACCGAGCAAGAAGAGAAGACGACAUCUCGAUCACAGGCCACACCUAGCCAUGGGCAUGGGUGAGGAGGCCGCGGCCGCGGUCACCGCGGCGGCGACGUCGUCUACGCCCCACUUGCUCAUCAUAUGCAACCCGUCGCAGGGGAACGUCAACCCCAUGCUGCGCCUGGGCAAGCGCUUCGCGGCCAAGGGUCUCUUGGUCACCUUCUCGUCGACCUCCGAUGUUGGAGCGAAGAUCACGGCUUCCUCCAGGGUGGAAUCUGGCGGCGACGGCGUGCCGCUCGGCCUUGGCCGCAUCCGGUUCGAGUUCUUAGACGACCAUCACGACGGGGAGGAGUUGAAAUUCAACGACCUGGUGACGCACCUGGAGACAACCGGGCCGCCGGCGUUCGCGAAGCUGCUGAGGCGCCAGGAGGAGGCGGGCCGGCCAGUGGCGUGCGUCGUCGGGAACCCGUUCAUCCCGUGGGCGUUUGACGUCGCCCAUGGCGCCGGCAUCCCCUAUGCAGUGCUGUGGGUGCAGUCGUGCGCGGUGUUCUCGCUCUACUACCACCACGUGCACGGGCUCUUGGAGCUCCCGGCCGAGGACGACCUCGACGCUCGGGUCAAGCUGCCGGGACUCCCGGCGCUGUCUGUCACCGACGUACCGUCGUUCCUGCUGCCGUCGAACCCCUACUGCUACAAGCUCUUCACCGAGGCGAUACUGAGGCAGUUCCGAGCCAUCCACAAACCGUCGUGGGUGUUCGUCAACUCCUUCUCCGAGCUGGAGCGCGACGUGCUCGACGCUCUCCCGACUGUCUUGCCGCAGCCUCCCCUACUCAUCCCCGUCGGUCCACUCUUCGAGCUGGAGGAGGAGGCCGCCGUGCGCGGCGACAUGAUGAAAGCCGCGGACGACUGCGUUGGAUGGCUUGACACGCAGGCGCUGCGCUCCGUGGUGUACGCAUCUCUCGGCAGCAUGGCGGUGCUCUCCGCCGAGGAGCUGGCCGAGAUGGCGCACGGGCUUACGUCCACCGGCCGCCCCUUCCUGUGGGUGGUUCGGCCAGACAACAGCGCGUUGCUCCCGGAGGGUUACCUGAACUCCAUCGCCGGGCGCGGCAUGGUGGUGCCGUGGAGCCCGCAGGACCUGGUGCUGGCGCACCCGUCCACGGCGUGCUUUCUCACGCACUGCGGCUGGAACUCGACGUUAGAGACGCUCGCCGCGGGCGUUCCCGUGGCGGCCUUCCCGAUGUGGGGUGACCAGUGCACGGACGCAAAGUACCUGGUGGAGGAGCUCAAGAUAGGCGUGCCCAUCCACGGCCCGCUGCGGCGGGACGCCAUGCGCGACGCCUUGGAGAACGUUAUGGCUGGGCCGGACGCCGACGCGAUGCUCGGCAACGCCAGGAUGUGGAGCGCGGUGGCGAGGGCGGCUGUGGCGCCAGGCGGGUCGUCGGACCGCCACAUACAGGCCUUUGUGGAGGUGUUUCUUAAUGUUUCAAGAUAGUGUGGUUUGAGAAGAAAAUAGGGUCCGUCUAGGUCUUAGUCC